CAGAAUCACCCCUCUCUCUAACCACAGCUAAGCUAGACUCUUCAUCUGAGUCAACCAGUGGUGACAUCCUGAAAACAAUCACAGAAGAUAGAAGCCCAGGUGCUGAAAAACUUGAGGUUACUUCAGAAUCUGCAAUAACUACAGCUCCUCUUCUGCCAAGCACAUUACAAGCAAUGAUUACAUCAUCCCCUGGUUUCAUUAUCAGCUACUUCACACAGACAUUAUCAAAUAAAACAGACAUGAUUCAAUUAAAAGAAACAGCCAGCAGUUUGCAGCCCUCUAUUGGACCAAGUCUAGCUCAGAAAACUACAACCUCCCCCUUUACAGAAGACGGCUCAGGUGGUGAAACAACUAGAAUGUUUCCAGACAGAUCAGCAGUAACAAAACCCCACGACCUGUCCGGCACACGUCACACAGGGGAGACCUCCACAGAUAGAGGUGUCAUCACAGAAUUUACAACUGCAGCAAGUGAUGUAACAGAAAAGAUAGAACCAACUUCAGGUGUCAUCUACAGUACUACUCCAUACACAGAUACGGAAGGGUCAGGAGAAGAAAUUACCAUGACAGCUACAAAGGAAUCUUUUGAGGAAAUCACAGUGUCAACUGCCAUAACAGAAAUGAAAGAUGCUGUAACACCAUUGGAUGUCUCAAGUGCAGAAUUAUCCACACGGGCCACACCAUUUACUAUUGAGACUGCUGUCACAAAAGCACAAAUUAUCAUCUCCCCUUCAAAGGAAUCAUUUGAAAAAAUCACCAUUAUGACUGAUGAGGCUGACAUCACUGGAGCACUAUUAGUUACUUCUUUCACAGAUGAAGUAAUUUUGGAAACUGAAGUGAUUGAUAAGACAACACUUACUGAAGAGCAUUCAGUUAGCCCCAGCCUAGAUAUGACAACAUUUUUCUCCUUAACUGAGGAGGUCAGAUCGAGUAGUCAAACUCCAGUCAUUCUUACAGAAGGGUCUGACUUGCCACCAGUUUCAUUCUUGCCAAGCACAGCUGUGUUAUUAGAAGAAUCCACAACCACACCAUCGGAAGUUGUUAGUGCUGGAAUCACACAACUUACAACUGCGGGAAGUGAGGUAACAGGAGAGGAAGAACUAAAAACAAGUACCAUUCUCAGUAUAGAUCUGUAUCCUGAUAUGGAAGGGUCUGGAGUUCACCUCAAAGAAGAGCAGCGGGAAGGUUCAGGAGAACCAAUUACCACUUCACCCACUAAAGAAUCACAUGAGCAAACCAGUGUUGUAACUGAUGAAGCAGAAAUAGCUGAGUCUGAAAAAGCAUCAGCUGUCCUUGGCACUGAAUUAUCCACACGGACCACACCAAUUAUGAAAGACUCUCCUGUAACAAAAUCAUCUCUCCUUCAUACUACACCUCAGCUAGAAUCUUCCUCAGUGUCAAUGAGUGGUGCAGACCAAACAGAAUCAACUGUGGAAAGUGAGGUGUCACAAAAAGAAGAGACAAUAAGCACCACAAAGCCCUCAGUGAUCUCCAGCCUCAGCGGAAGAACCACAGUCAUCCCCUGGAAAAAAGAUGGCUCUGAUGAUGAAGCCCCUGAGAUGUUUACAGUGGGUAGAGCUGUAACAAAAGCUCCUCUCCUGUCAACCACAGCUCAGAGAGUAGAGUCCUCUACAGCCAUGAGUGGAGUCAUGGAUGAGAAGACUGUGGAAAGUGAGGUAACAGAUAAGGAAGGAUUUACACCAGCUGUUCUGCCAAGUUCAACACUAUACCCGGACAUGGAAGGAUCUGGAGAACAACCCACAGAAGACCAGCAGGAAGGCUCAGGAGAAGCAAUUACCAUCCCACCCACAAAGCAACCAUAUGAUGAAAUCAGUGUUGUGACUGAUGAGGCAGAAAUCACAGAAACAUCAGAGAAGACCUUAGACACUUUAGAUGUGGAUAGUGCCACAACAUUCAUUCCAGGAGUUGAUGUAACUAAAGCAACCACUUUACCUAGUGGAACUCAGCCUGACAUCUCUUCAUUAGAAUUAGGCAGCGGUGAUUUGACAGAGGAAACAGCAGUGAGUAGUGAAGUUAGAGAAGAUGAGGGUUCAGGUGAACAAACAGAUGAGAUGUUCACCAAGGAGUCUGCUGUAACUAGAGUUCCUCUUGUGUCUAGUACAGUAAAAACAGACUACACAAUUACUGCAUCAUCCCCAGUUUUAGGUGGCAAUCUCACCACACAACCAGACACUGUGGAGGUAGCAAAAACAAAAGAAACUUCAGGCACCGAAGCUCCAUUAGUUACUUCAGACACAGAUAAAAUUACAGAACUAACCAUGGAAACUGAAGUGAGUGAAAAGAUAGUACAUACAAAUGUAACAGAAGAGCCCUCAGUUACUCCAAGCUUAGACAUAACAACACCUUUCACCUUAACAGAGAUGGACAGAUCAAGUGGCCAAACUGCAGUUAUUCUUACAGAGGGAUCUGACUUGCCACCAGUUUCAUUCUUGCCAAGCACAGCUGUGUUAUUAGAAGAAUCCACAACCACACCAUCGGAAGUUGUUAGUGCUGGAAUCACACAACUUACAACCGCGGGAAGUGAGGUAACAGGAGAGGAAGAACUAAAAACAAGUACCAUUCUCAGUAUAGAUCUGUAUCCUGAUAUGGAAGGGUCUGGAGUUCACCUCAAAGAAGAGCAGCGGGAAGGUUCAGGAGAACCAAUUACCACUUCACCCACUAAAGAAUCACAUGAGCAAACCAGUGUUGUAACUGAUGAAGCAGAAAUAGCUGAGUCUGAAAAAGUAUCAGCUGUCCUUGGCACUGAAUUAUCCACACGGACCACACCAAUUAUGAAAGACUCUCCUGUAACAAAAUCAUCUCUCCUUCGUACUACACCUCAGCUAGAAUCUUCCUCAGUGUCAAUGAGUGGUGCAGACCAAACAGAAUCAACUGUGGAAAGUGAGGUGUCACAAAAAGAAGAGACAAUAAGCACCACAAAGCCCUCAGUGAUCUCCAGCCUCAGCGGAAGAACCACAGUCAUCCCCUGGAAAAAAGAUGGCUCUGAUGAUGAAGCCCCUGAGAUGUUUACAGUGGGGAAAGCUGUAACAAAAGCUCCUCUCCUGUCAACCACAGCUCAGAGAGUAGAGUCCUCUACAGCCAUGAGUGGAGUCAUGGAUGAGAAGACUGUGGAAAGUGAGGUAACAGAUAAGGAAGGAUUUACACCAGCUGUUCUGCCAAGUUCAACGCUAUACCCGGACAUGGAUGGAUCUGGAGAACAACCCACAGAAGACCAGCAGGAAGACUCAGGAGAACCAAUUACCAUCCCACCCACAAAGCAACCAUAUGAUGAAAUCAGUGUUGUGACUGACGAGGCAGAAAUCACAAAAACAUCAGAGAAGACCUUAGACACUUUAGAUGUGGAUAGUGCCACAACAUUCAUUCCAGGAGUUGAUGUAACUAAAGCAACCACUUUACCUAGUGGAACUCAGCCUGACGUCUCUUCAUUAGAAUUAGGCAGCGGUGAUUUGACAGAGGAAACAGCAGUGAGUAGUGAAGUUAGAGAAGAUGAGGGUUCAGGUGAACAAACAGAUGAGAUGUUCACCAAGGAGUCUGCUGUAACUAGAGUUCCUCUUGUGUCUAGUACAGUAAAAACAGACUACACAAUUACUGCAUCAUCCCCAGUUUUAGGUGGCAAUCUCACCACACAACCAGACACUGUGGAGGUAGCAAAAACAAAAGAAACUUCAGGCACUGAAGCUACAUUAGUUACUUCAGACACAGAUAAAAUUACAGAACUAACCAUGGAAACUGAAGUGAGUGAAAAUAUAGUACAUACAAAUGUAACAGAAGAGCCCUCAGUUACUCCAAGCUUAGACAUAACAACACCUUUCACCUUAACAGAGAUGGACAGAUCAAGUGGCCAAACUGUAGUUAUUCUUACAGAGGGAUCUGACUUGCCACCAGUUUCAUUCUUGCCAAGCACAGCUGUGUUAUUAGAAGAAUCCACAACCACACCAUCGGAAGUUGUUAGUGCUGGAAUCACACAACUUACAACUGCGGGAAGUGAGGUAACAGGAGAGGAAGAACUAAAAACAAGUACCAUUCUCAGUAUAGAUCUGUAUCCUGAUAUGGAAGGGUCUGGAGUUCACCUCAAAGAAGAGCAGCGGGAAGGUUCAGGAGAACCAAUUACCACUUCACCCACUAAAGAAUCACAUGAGCAAACCAGUGUUGUAACUGAUGAAGCAGAAAUAGCUGAGUCUGAAAAAGCAUCAGCUGUCCUUGGCACUGAAUUAUCCACACGGACCACACCAAUUAUGAAAGACUCUGCUGUAACAAAAUCAUCUCUCCUUCGUACUACACCUCAGCUAGAAUCUUCCUCAGUGUCAAUGAGUGGUGCAGACCAAACAGAAUCAACUGUGGAAAGUGAGGUGUCACAAAAAGAAGAGACAAUAAGCACCACAAAGCCCUCAGUGAUCUCCAGCCUCACCGGAAGAACCACAGUCAUCCCCUGGAAAAAAGAUGACUCUGAUGAUGAAGCCCCUGAGAUGUUUACAGUGGGUAGAGCUGUAACAAAAGCUCCUCUCCUGUCAACCACAGCUCAGAGAGUAGAGUCCUCUACAGCCAUGAGUGGAGUCAUGGAUGAGAAGACUGUGGAAAGUGAAGUAACAGAUAAGGAAGGAUUUACACCAGCUGUUCUGCCAAGUUCAACGCUAUACCCGGACAUGGAAGGAUCUGGAGAACAACCCACAGAAGACCAGCAGGAAGGUUCAGGAGAAGCAAUUACCAUCCCACCCACAAAGCAACCAUAUGAUCAAAUCAGUGUUGUGACUGAUGAGGCAGAAAUCACAGAAACAUCAGAGAAGACCUUAGACACUUUAGAUGUGGAUAGUGCCACAACAUUCAUUCCAGGAGUGGAUGUAACUAAAGCAACCACUUUACCUAGUGGAACUCAGCCUGACAUCUCUUCAUUAGAAUUAGGCAGCGGUGAUUUGACAGAGGAAACAGCAGUGAGUAGUGAAGUUAGAGAAGAUGAGGGUUCAGGUGAAAAAACAGCUGAGAUGUUCACCAAGGAGUCUGCUGUAACUAGAGUUCCUCUUGUGUCUAGUACAAUAAAAACAGACUACACAAUUACUGCAUCAUCCCCAGUUUUAGGUGGCAAUCUCACCACACAACCAGACACUGUGGAGGUAGCAAAAACAAAAGAAACUUCAGGCACCGAAGCUCCAUUAGUUACUUCAGACACAGAUAAAAUUACAGAACUAACCAUGGAAACUGAAGUGAGUGAAAAGAUAGUACAUACAAAUGUAACAGAAGAGCCCUCAGUUACUCCAAGCUUAGACAUAACAACACCUUUCACCUUAACAGAGAUGGACAGAUCAAGUGGCCAAACUGCAGUUAUUCUUACAGAGGGAUCUGACUUGCCACCAGUUUCAUUCUUGCCAAGCACAGCUGUGUUAUUAGAAGAAUCCACAACCACACCAUCGGAAGUUGUUAGUGCUGGAAUCACACAACUUACAACUGCGGGAAGUGAGGUAACAGGAGAGGAAGAACUAAAAACAAGUACCAUUCUCAGUAUAGAUCUGUAUCCUGAUAUGGAAGGGUCUGGAGUUCACCUCAAAGAAGAGCAGCGGGAAGGUUCAGGAGAACCAAUUACCACUUCACCCACUAAAGAAUCACAUGAGCAAACCAGUGUUGUAACUGAUGAAGCAGAAAUAGCUGAGUCUGAAAAAGCAUCAGCUGUCCUUGGCACUGAAUUAUCCACACGGACCACACCAAUUAUGAAAGACUCUGCUGUAACAAAAUCAUCUCUCCUUCGUACUACACCUCAGCUAGAAUCUUCCUCAGUGUCAAUGAGUGGUGCAGACCAAACAGAAUCAACUGUGGAAAGUGAGGUGUCACAAAAAGAAGAGACAAUAAGCACCACAAAGCCCUCAGUGAUCUCCAGCCUCACCGGAAGAACCACAGUCAUCCCCUGGAAAAAAGAUGACUCUGAUGAUGAAGCCCCUGAGAUGUUUACAGUGGGUAGAGCUGUAACAAAAGCUCCUCUCCUGUCAACCACAGCUCAGAGAGUAGAGUCCUCUACAGCCAUGAGUGGAGUCAUGGAUGAGAAGACUGUGGAAAGUGAAGUAACAGAUAAGGAAGGAUUUACACCAGCUGUUCUGCCAAGUUCAACGCUAUACCCGGACAUGGAAGGAUCUGGAGAACAACCCACAGAAGACCAGCAGGAAGGUUCAGGAGAAGCAAUUACCAUCCCACCCACAAAGCAACCAUAUGAUCAAAUCAGUGUUGUGACUGAUGAGGCAGAAAUCACAGAAACAUCAGAGAAGACCUUAGACACUUUAGAUGUGGAUAGUGCCACAACAUUCAUUCCAGGAGUGGAUGUAACUAAAGCAACCACUUUACCUAGUGGAACUCAGCCUGACAUCUCUUCAUUAGAAUUAGGCAGCGGUGAUUUGACAGAGGAAACAGCAGUGAGUAGUGAAGUUAGAGAAGAUGAGGGUUCAGGUGAAAAAACAGCUGAGAUGUUCACCAAGGAGUCUGCUGUAACUAGAGUUCCUCUUGUGUCUAGUACAAUAAAAACAGACUACACAAUUACUGCAUCAUCCCCAGUUUUAGGUGGCAAUCUCACCACACAACCAGACACUGUGGAGGUAGCAAAAACAAAAGAAACUUCAGGCACCGAAGCUCCAUUAGUUACUUCAGACACAGAUAAAAUUACAGAACUAACCAUGGAAACUGAAGUGAGUGAAAAGAUAGUACAUACAAAUGUAACAGAAGAGCCCUCAGUUACUCCAAGCUUAGACAUAACAACACCUUUCACCUUAACAGAGAUGGACAGAUCAAGUGGCCAAACUGCAGUUAUUCUUACAGAGGGAUCUGACUUGCCACCAGUUUCAUUCUUGCCAAGCACAGCUGUGUUAUUAGAAGAAUCCACAACCACACCAUCGGAAGUUGUUAGUGCUGGAAUCACACAACUUACAACUGCGGGAAGUGAGGUAACAGGAGAGGAAGAACUAAAAACAAGUACCAUUCUCAGUAUAGAUCUGUAUCCUGAUAUGGAAGGGUCUGGAGUUCACCUCAAAGAAGAGCAGCGGGAAGGUUCAGGAGAACCAAUUACCACUUCACCCACUAAAGAAUCACAUGAGCAAACCAGUGUUGUAACUGAUGAAGCAGAAAUAGCUGAGUCUGAAAAAGCAUCAGCUGUCCUUGGCACUGAAUUAUCCACACGGACCACACCAAUUAUGAAAGACUCUGCUGUAACAAAAUCAUCUCUCCUUCGUACUACACCUCAGCUAGAAUCUUCCUCAGUGUCAAUGAGUGGUGCAGACCAAACAGAAUCAACUGUGGAAAGUGAGGUGUCACAAAAAGAAGAGACAAUAAGCACCACAAAGCCCUCAGUGAUCUCCAGCCUCAGCGGAAGAACCACAGUCAUCCCCUGGAAAAAAGAUGGCUCUGAUGAUGAAGCCCCUGAGAUGUUUACAGUGGGUAGAGCUGUAACAAAAGCUCCUCUCCUGUCCACCACAGCUCAGAGAGUAGAGUCCUCUACAGCCAUGAGUGGAGUCAUGGAUGAGAAGACUGUGGAAAGUGAGGUAACAGAUAAGGAAGGAUUUACACCAGCUGUUCUGCCAAGUUCAACGCUAUACCCGGACAUGGAAGGAUCUGGAGAACAACCCACAGAAGACCAGCAGGAAGGCUCAAGAGAAGCAAUUACCAUCCCACCCACAAAGCAACCAUAUGGUCAAAUCAGUGUUGUGACUGAUGAGGCAGAAAUCACAGAAACAUCAGAGAAGACUUUAGAUACUUCAGACGUGGAAAGCACCACAGCUUUCUUUAAGGGUUUUGUCAUAAGCAAAACAACUGUUUCACCCAGCACAACUCAGCCAGAAAUCUCUUCUGUAGAAUUCCGCAGCAGUGCUUAUACAGAGGAAACAUCAGCGGGUAGUGAAGUUAGAGAAGUUGAUGGUUCAGGCGAGGAAACAGAUGAGAUGUUCACCAAGGAGUCUGCUGCCACUAUAAUUCCUUUUGUGUCUAGCACAGUAAGAACAGAUUAUGCAAUUAGUACAUCAUCCUCUGCUUUAGACAGAAGUCUGACCACACAAAUAGGCACCGUACAAUUGACACUAACAAAAGAAACAUCAGGAACUGAAGCACUAAUAGUCACUCCAUUCACAGCUGAAAUCACUAAUGGAACUGCAGAAGAGGCAAGCAGCAUAACAAUGAAAACAACAGUAACUGAAAAGCCCUCAGUUAGUCCCGGCCUAGACAUGACAACAGCACAUUUCACUUUAACAGAGGAAGACAGAUCAAGUGGACAAACUCCAGUCAUUCUUACAGAGCCGUCUAAAUUACCAACAGUUUCAUUCUUGCCAAGCACAGCUGUGUUACUAGAAGAAUCCACAGCCACACAUUUAGAAGCUGUUAGUGAUGGAAUCAUGCAGUUAACAAUCGUGGACAGCAAUGUAACAGAUAAGGAAGGAUUAACACCAACUCUGAUGCCCAGUACACCUCUGUACCCAGUCAUGGAUGGAUCUGAAAAACAACCUACAGAAGACAAGCUUGGAGGAUCUGAAGGAGAAAUUACUGUACCAUCCACGAUAGAAUCAUCUGAUCAAAUCAGUGUAGUGACUGAUGAAGCAGAAAUAACUGCAUCUGAAAGAACAUCAGCUGUUCCUGGUAUGGAUUUAUCCAUGCAGUCCACACUAUUUACAAAGGAUUCUACUGUAACAAAAUCAUCCCCCUCUCCCAGGACAGCUCAGCCUGAAUCGUUCUCAGAGUUGUUCAGUGGUGAAGACAUAAAACAAUCAACUGUGGAAAGUGAGGUAAGAGAACAAAAAGAUGAAAUUACAGAUAAGGUCUACAGUACCCCACUUUACCCAGAUUUGGAAGGAUCUGCAAGGCUAUCCACAGAAGACUGGCUAGAAGGUUCAGGAGAAGCAAUUACCAUCCCACACACAAAAGAAUCAUAUGACCAAACUACUGCUGUGACUUAUGAGGCAGAAAUCCAAGAAACAUCAGUGAAAACAACAGACACUGAAAAGCCCUCAGAUAGUCCUAGCCUAGACACAACAAGAACAACGCCAUUCACUUUAACAGAGGAGGACAGAUCAGGUGGCCAAACUCCAGACGUUCUUACAGAGGGUCCUGACUUACCAAGAGUUUCGUUCUUGCCAAGCACAGCUGUGUUAUUGGAAGAAUCCACAGCCACACCUUCAGAAGUUGUCAGUGGUGGAAUGGCAAAUUUAACAAAAGGGGACAGUGAGGUAACAGAUAAGGACCAAUUAACACCAAGUGUGAUGCCCAGUACACCUCCAUACCCAGUCAUGGAAGGAGCUGGAGAGCAACCCACAGAAGAAAAGCAGGAAGGUUCAGGGGAAGCAAUUGCUAUCUUACCCACUGACACAUCAUAUGACCAAAUCAGCAUUGUGACGGCUGAGACAAACAUCGCAGAAACAUCAGAGAAGACAUCAGACAUUUUAGAUGUGGAAAGUACCACAACAUUCAUUAAGGAAUCUGCAGUUACAAAAACAACUAUUUCACCUGGGACAACUCAGCCAGAAGACUCUUCCUCAGAUUUAGCCAGUGGUGAUUUCACAGAAGAAAUACUAGCAGCAAGCAAGGUUCCAUUAGACGUGAGUUCAGGUGAUCAACCAGAUGAGAUGUUCACUAAAGAGUCUGCUGUCACUACAAGUCCUCUUUUAGCCCGCACAGUAAAAAUGGAUUACACAGCUUCCACAUCCUCAGGUAUAGACAGAAGCCUUACCACACAAGGCACUGUAGAUUUUACUCAAACAAGAGCAAAAUUAAGCACUGAAACUCCAAUUGUUAUCUCAACUACGGAUGAAACCAUUGGAGAAUCUGAGGAAACUGAGGCAAGUGGCUUGAUGCUAGAAGCAAAGCCCUCAAUUAGUCCCAGCCAAAACCUGACAGCUACACCAUUAACCUUACCAGACGAUUUAAGUGGCCUAACUCUCACCAUUCCUGUAGAACAUAAGGUAACAGCACUCAGCACUGCUCAGCCAACAGAAUAUUCCUCAGAAUCAGACCAUUAUGCAAUCACAGGCAAACUAGCUGAGACAACAGUAGAUAAGAGCCCAGAUGACCAAGCACAGGAAUUUACUGAGCAGCCUGCCUUAACAAAAGCUUCUUUUGUGCUCAGCACAUCUCGUUCAGUAGAACCAUCCAGCAUAGAAGCACCUUUGAUCACUAGUAGUUCAUCAAAAGACCUUGAAGCAACUGUGAAAAAUGAAGUUAUGGAACAUGAAGAGAAUAGAACUAUUCAGAUUACUCAGUCUUCUAUUUUUGUAACAAUGAGUGAACACACUGGAACGCUUGGCAGAGCACCAACAUCCACACCUUCCCCAAUUCCCUCUGUAGUCCACCAAGGUAUAGAUGAGCAGCACAUUUUCACCCCAAGCCCAACAAGCAGCCAAGCAAAAACCAGCACUGAUGAAUUGUCACCAACCACAAAGCCUUACCACACAGGACAGACAACCCCCACAGUGAUCAGAUUUACUGAGGAAGAAACAAGGGAGGAUGAGUUGUUCUCACCAGUGACCGAGAGUAGGAAAGAGAACCAUACAAGUACCAAAUACAUUGAUUCAUCAGCUCCUGAGUUUGAGGGUGUUUCCAUCAUUGAUGUGGACAGUGUUUCACUGGUUGAAGCCUCCUCACCUUUCUCAACAACUAUUCUUACCGAGGAAGCAGUGGGUGUGACCGCGGUGACCCUCCCACCACAGUCAGCUCUCUUAACAACAGAGGAGCCUGAAGGAUCUGGUUCAGAUAUGACCAUAACUUUCACCACUCACUCAAUGCACGUGAAGUAUGAAUCCACCACACAAGGACUGACACCUACUCUGACUGAUGCAUCUCAAGAAGUGAGCUCGAAGAUAACAAGUAUCACAGUGGAGGACGCGAUGGCCAAAGCAACUGCCCCAUCACUUCCUGUUGAUGUGUCCUCAGCUGAAAAGUAUCUGACAUCUCCCUCACCUGUUCACACAGUUCACCCAGUUAGAGAGUCUAUCUCCCAACCUGAUGCGGUCAUUCAUUCAGGCACCGUGGUCUCCCCAAGGGCUGAUAGCACUUCCACACAUGGUUCUGAUGUGGAUCAGGUACUUCAGCAAACUGUAUCCACCACCCUCAAAUCUACCCAGUCUGAAAUGGAGCUGAGCAGACCUUCAGACGGGGUGACUAAACCUCCCAGAAUUACAGAGUCUCCACCUGUGUCCUCAUCCAGGCUCACCACAAUGCAGUCUGAAGCCAGAUUGCAAACUGCAGGCAUCAGUCAGCCAGACAGCACUGAAAAGAAGCCAGAGUCUGAGCUGGAGCCUGUGGAAAGUGCAUCUAAGAGAGAGGAGGUAGAAGGGGGAGAAGAGGAGUCAGCUUAUCUUGUCACUGAAACAGAAGAGGCAGUUGAACCAGAGGGUGUUUCCACACCCCCCAGCAAGACUCGUGAUGCUGAGGCCACCGUCACCAGCAAACCAUCAGGGGUUAUUCCAGAGGCUUCAACCAUCCUAGCAGAGGAGGAUGAAGUAGACUAUGAUAGUUCAUCAAAUCCUCCACUGAUUGAAGCUCCGCCUGCCCCCGGUGAGAUUGAAAGCACUCUAACACCUGAUUUGGACCCAGGACACACCAUUGUCGGCCAGGUGUUUGACAUCCCAGGAAUAGAUUGUUGCACUGAAAAUAUGUGCCUGAAUGGAGGCUCUUGCUACACAAGGGGAGAUGUCUACACUUGUUCCUGUCUACCUGGUUACAGUGGUGAUAACUGUGAAAUAGACGCAGACGAUUGCCAGUCCAGCCCCUGCCGCAAUGGAGGCACGUGUGUAGAUGGUCUCAAUUCAUUCACCUGUGUGUGCCUCCCAAGUUAUGGAGGAAGCCUCUGUGAAGAAGACACGGAGACCUGCGAUUACGGCUGGCACAAGUUCCAGGGUCACUGCUACAGGUACGUCCCGCACCGGAGGACCUGGGACAUCGCGGAGAGGGAGUGCCGUCUGCAGGGCGCCCACCUCACCAGCAUCCUGACCCACGAGGAGCAGCAGUUUGUGAACCGCUUGGGACACGAUUACCAGUGGAUUGGCCUCAACGAUAAAAUGUUUGAAAAUGAUUUCCGUUGGACUGACGGGCUACCAGUGCAAUAUGAGAACUGGAGGCCGAACCAGCCGGACAGCUUCUUCUCCUCGGGCGAGGACUGCGUGGUGAUGAUCUGGCACGAGGACGGGCAGUGGAACGACGUGCCGUGCAACUACCACCUCACUUUCACCUGCAAGAAGGGAACAGUCGCCUGCAGCCAGCCUCCAGUCGUGCAGAACGCCCGUACCUUCGGAAGGAUGCAGCCUCGCUACGAGGUAAACUCGCUGGUGAGGUACCAGUGCAAGAACGGCUUCAUCCAGAGACACGUGCCCGUCAUCAAGUGCCGUGGAAACGGGCGGUGGGACGUCCCCCAGAUCACCUGCAUGACCCCAUCUACCUUCCAACAGGCAUACGCUUGGAAACACAUGCACAACAAUUACAACCAUGCCAGGAGGCGGGUCCAUGGGUUGAAGAGAAACCACCAUCGCUGGGCCAUGAGAGUGCACAGGCACGGGCGCUGACCUCCCACGUGACCCCCGUCUGGAGAACCAGUCUCGUCGCACAGGGGCCUGAAACCCGCAAUGAGCCCCCUUCCACUCACCCACGGACGUCAGGCACCUAAAGGACAAAGCCCAACGGCACCGCCAAAAGGAAAAUAAAACAGGCGUUUUUUUUUUUUACAGUCAAGACAUGAGAAGAAUUAUGAAAAAUGAAGUGCCUUGUUAAUGCUUUUCACUUUCUUUUAUUGUUGCUCAAUGUUUUUUGUUUUUUUGAGGGUCACAAUUUUUUUUUAUGACAAAAAGGAUACAGACAGCUGGACACAGGAUCUGUUUGCUGAUGGAUACGAAUGUUGAUUUCACAUUUUCUACUUUGGAUUUAUUUUUAUUUUUUUCAUCCAGCCUGCUUCUCUGGCCAGGCAUAUAAUUCAAAAGCUCUUUAUCUAACAGUUUAACUGUCCAAAAGUUAAACGAGGAAAAGCGGAGGGAGGGAAAAACAAGCUUCAACAACUCAAGAUAUUGUAAAUACACCAUGGAAUUUAUGAGUAUUCAUAACGCGCUCCUAGGAUUUUUCACCCCAAGAGACAUGGAAAUAGUGUCUCUUUCUGCUGCUCUUUUGUAUACUUUACACAGAAUCUAUAUGCAAUGAAGGCCAAUAAUGACAGAAGAGUGGGUGUUUUACCUGUGACCAGGAGGAUUUCCGCCAUUUUGGCUCUGGAGUUAAUGUGCAUUUCUGGCGACAAUUCCAAAGGCAUUUCAUAGAGUAGGUGGACAACAAUGCAGGGACAAGGUGGGAGAGGAGUGCGCAAAAGACCCAGCCGCCAACUAUGAGGAUUCUCAGAGGCGGCCAGGCCAAGUGGCUCAGAAUACAGGGAGUCACGUUCCUGAAACAGGAAGUUAUUUUUCUGAAGCAAGGAGUUUAUUAUACCAAAAGGUUUGAACAGCUUACCAGCAUGUAUGAAGAUGCCAUCAUUGGUGAUCUUGGAGAGGGAAAAAAAAUAUAGAAACGUGUAAUAAAUUAAUAAAUUGACAAAUGUGUGUAUAUAUAACCGUUUUAAUCUUUAAGUGUGAUACAGUCAAAAAAUAUAAAAAGAAAAGAUAUUAUGAAUGUGUGACAGAGUACUGCAGACUCAGUGCUUCCUCCUUGGGCUAUAAUAAUUGAAGUAAAACCAGAGAUUUAAUUUAUUCUGCAUCUUUCAUAGGAGCACAGAAGGCAAAGGCAACAUUUUUAUGUACACCCAGUUUCAACCCCAACGUUCUUUGCAGUGUUUACAAAAACUUUGCCAUUUAAUGCUACUGUUUUUAUUCUGCCUUAAAAUCUCAUUGGGUUUUUAAUCUGAACUACUCUUUCCUUACAUGCUUUUUUCUUGAACUACUAUUAAGAGAAUGUACUUUGUCAAAUUGUGAAAGACUUGAAUGGGAGAUACAAAUAAUUUAUUUUUUAUUUUUUUAAUUUUCUUGCAUGAGGCCAGACAUUCUGGAGAUGCAAUCACUUGGCCUUAUUUGUACAAUCUUUAAAUCUUGGUGUGGAAACAGAUAUAUAUUUAUGCUGUGCAAGAAAGUAUUAGUCAACGUGAUGAUUGAAUAUGGUACUUAUUUGUCACUAAUGAACUCAAACUCACAGUAUCCAUGGAUUAACAAUUCCGAGGCUUCAUAGCAACACAGAGACCACAAUAGGACUGUGUCGCUCAAUGACAGAUGACCCCUUCUUUGUAAUAUUCCCAGCCACGAUGUUCUUUUGGUCUGAUUGCCUUGUUUUUUACCAUUAGAAUGCACAUAAUAUCUUUUAUAUUUAUAUUAUAACUUGUAUAUUUUAUAAUGUGAAUGUCUGGGAUGUUUGCGAAUUAUGUUUUUUAAAAAGAUUUAAAAAAACUUUUUAUACAUGCUCUGUGUCACCAAAGAAAACGUUUAAUGCAUUCUACGGAGUCUGUCUAAUUUGUCUUUGUUCUCUCAAUGACAGUAAUAAAUAACAUAUGCAAGGA